CGAAUCUGAGAAAAAUAUUUCACAUUUCAACCUGAGAAUUUCAACUAGAAGCGCGACAACAUAAGUUUGGGAAGAAAAAUUGUGAAUUUUCCGUAUUUACAUAUAAACAGCAUCCUCCAACCAUGGCGGACGAAGGGAACGAAGAUAGCUGGCUGUAUGGGAAUACGAAAGAUGACGGUAAAGAGGACACCGCUGGAGACAACGAUAAGAAUGAAACCACCGAUGACGGUCAGAAUGGAACCUACGACGAGGUAUCCGAUCCGCACUGGGAGGAGAUGCAGGAGGAUGAACAGAAGCGAUUGAAUAUGGUUCAGGGCAGAUUUCCAGAUGACGAUGCCGACCAGCACGAUGAUAACGCAAUGGAUUCGAGUGAUGUAAACCCGUCGAGAGAUGAUGCGGCCGAAAGAGAGGAAGCAUUUCAAGGAGAAGACGAUUCACAUCUACAGGAAGAUGAGAGCCAUCAACGUGAGGAGGGGCCCGAAAAACCGGAAAGAAGCGAUGGAGAAAUGGACUCAGAAGAUAGCGAUGAUGACGAUGUCAAUGUUGUUAUAAGGGAUAUCAAAUCCGGUCCGACGUAUAGCAUUGUUAAACCAAGAGGGCCAAUAGUGGUUCAACAAGCGGCGCAAGCCGCCCCAGGACUAGAUAAGUCUAAGCAACCGGCUGGUAAGUUUAGCAUUGAAGAAUUCGAAAGCGUUGGCACUAUCAAUGGAGUUCCGGCUCAUGAGUUCAGCAUUGAUUCUUUGGACGAAAAGCCCUGGCGUAAACCUGGUGCUGACAUAACUGAUUACUUCAAUUAUGGAUUCAAUGAGGAUACGUGGAAGUCUUACUGUGAACGACAGAAACGUAUGCGUAUGCAUGAGAGCGGUGUGGGCCUUCAAGGGCUAACCAUAAAUAAUCCACAAGCCGCACAGACACAAAACAACUGGAGAACUGGGCCUCCGCCUCCUAGGAAGAUGAAUGGAAUCGAUGUGAUCGGUGGUAUGAAUAUGCAUCCCAGAUCCGAGGGAGAAAUGAUGCCGCGUCAUCCUAAGGAAAAUGUUAUUCAAGUGAUGACCGCCGAUCGUCGUGAAUACAGCCGAUCGGCCACCAAAUUUGAUCCUUCAAUGGGACCACCGCCCUUCGGAGCCCCUCCAGAUUUUUAUCAUCCCGAACCUGAUUAUGGCGAUUAUGGUUAUGAGCCGACACAGGAAUCGCAAUGGAAUCAGGAAAGUAACUGGCAGCCGCAUGGUAUCAAGACUCUCACGCCUGGUCCCUCUCAAAUGAUGCCCCCAGGAAUGGGCAUGCCUCCUCACAUGGAAAUGAUGCCUCCGCCAAUGCAACCUGGCAUGAACAUGGGACCACCUGGAAUGGGUCCACCGGUAAUGCGUAACCACGAUCGGGAACGGGAGCGUGACAGAGAACGGGUUGAACGAGAACGUGAACGAGACCGUCACAUUAGGUCUCGCGAACGAGAGCGGGAACACCGUCGGGACCGUGAGAGGGACAGAGAACGGGAGUUAUCGGUAGUGAAACCCGAACUAAUGGAACCUGAACGCGCUCGCAGCGAAAAGCCGGAACGAGAGCGGGAUCCCGAGAAGGAAAAACGCUCCUCGAAAACUGAUCGUCAUAAAGAGAGAUACCGUGAAAGGUCACGUAGUCGUGAGAAAUCUAAGUCUAGAAGGAAAUCGCGUAGUCGUGACCGCGAGCGCGAUAGCACCAGCAGACACAGCAGUCGGGCAGACAAGAAGAAGUCUCAUCGUAAGGAUAAAGAAGAGAGCGAAUAAAGCUAAUUGAGUGGCAUUACGAAUAUAUCGUACUAAUAAUUGCUUAAUCACGAAGAGAACAACUAUGUCCAAUGUUUUGAUCGGUAGUACCAUAAUUGAGUUAAUAAUUGAAAGGAAUUAUUUCAUAUAAACUUUACCUUAUAUAAA